AUGUGCCGACUAGACUAUUCACCGUUGGGACGGAAAUUAGAACUAUUCGAUGGUGGUUUUAGCGCUUAUUGUGGUUUUAUUCAUACUGAAUGUGUUCAUCGUCAUCCUAUAAUGUUAGUAUUUGUUUCACAUAUUCUAAGACAAUGUAAAAUUAAACAAUUCGUACAUGAUGAUAUAUUGAUUGGUGUAGCCAUUCAAAACAAUCGACAGCGUAUAACAAUGUCAAAGGAAGAACGAAAUAGAUCUUUACGAGCCAUUCGUAAAUGGCAUUUGGGUCUAUUAUUAGCUCGUAAUCCGAUGAUUGUUUUCUUUCGUAAGGCAUAUCUCAAUCGUUUGCAUAUGGAUGACAUUCAACCAUUGAAUGCUCUCGAUAAUGAUGAUCCGAAUAACAUCAUGAAUCACCGAAUGUCGACUUAUGCCCAUUACAGAUCUGCCAGUCGUGCGAGUGUUGCUUCUAUGAUGAAUACACAACACCGUUCGAAUGGUUGGUCUAAUGGCAGUUGA